CUCUCAACCACAAUAUACGGCCUGUGAUUGGUCGAGGGGCGGGCAGAACGUUGAAUGAAUACAGGAAGUGAGACAGCGUGAGACUGCAAUUUGACGUUCGCCGCAGCUAUUGAAGAAAAUAAGUUCCUCAACAUCAGUGUUAAACCUCCGACUGAAAAUGGUGGACUCCCAGUACUACCUCCCAAAUGACAUUGGUGUCUCUGCACUCGACUGUGGCGAGGCCUUCCGUUUGCUUUCCCCUCAGGAGCAGAUGUACGCCCACUACCUGUCACGCGCUGCUUGGUAUGGUGGUCUGGCAGUGUUGCUGCAGACGUCCCCAGAGUCGGCAAACAUAUUUGUCUUGCUGCAGAGGCUCUUCAGGAAGCAGACGCCUGCACAGCUGGAACAGGUCGCCACAGCAGCUGGACUCAGUGCUGAGGAGUACCAGGCCUUCUUGGUGUAUGCAGCAGGUCUGUAUGCCAACAUGGGAAACUACAAGUCUUUCGGAGACACCAAGUUCAUCCCAAAUCUACCUAAGGACAAGCUGAAAGCUCUGGUGAAGGCCAGCCAGGCAUUCCAGGAGCAGCCCACUGAGAUGGAGGCUCUGUGGGACAGCUGCUCGUGUCUCCUCUACUCUCUGGAAGACAGACAGAAGCAGCUGGGGCUGGGCGACAAGGGAAUUACCACCUACUUCUCAGGAAACUGCUGCCUGGAGGAUGCUGAGCUGGCUCAGAAGUUCCUUGAUUCGAAAAAACUGUCUGCUUACAACACCCGUCUGUUUAAGAAGGACAACGGAGGUAAAGCCUGCUAUGAGGUGCGCCUGGCUUCAGCUGUGCAGAAAGACUGUGCAGUGGACGGGGAAUGUGAGUCAUGCUGCGGCAGCUUCAACUUCGAAGACAAAGAGUUCACUGUGAAGAGGGGAGACUAUGCUAAACUCAUGGAGAAAGUCAGCUCUAACCUCCAACAAGCACAGGCCUACGCUGCCAAUGAAAACCAGAGAAAGAUGCUUGAAGAGUACACACGCAGCUUCACUUUUGGCUCAGUUGAAGCUCACAAAGAGGGCUCACGCUACUGGAUCAAAGACAAGGGACCAAUUGUUGAGAGUUAUAUAGGUUUCAUAGAGAGCUACAGAGACCCAUUCGGCUCCAGGGGAGAGUUUGAAGGUUUCGUUGCGGUUGUGAACAAGGCGAUGAGUGAACGUUUUGCCAAACUGGUGAGCUCAGCAGAAGUCUUGCUCCCCGAGCUGCCCUGGCCCAAAGAGUUUGAGAAAGACACUUUCCUUAAACCUGACUUCACCUCACUGGAUGUUCUGACCUUCGCUGGCAGUGGAAUACCAGCUGGCAUCAACAUCCCCAACUAUGACGACAUCAGACAGUCAGAGGGCUUUAAAAACGUGUCGCUAGGCAACGUGCUGGCUGUAGCCUAUGCCACGCAAAAAGAAAAACUCACCUUCCUGGAGGAGGAGGACAAGGAUUUGUUUAUCAAGUGGAAGGGACCAUCGUUCGAGGUGCAGGUUGGACUUCAUGAGCUGUUGGGCCAUGGAAGUGGCAAGCUCUUUGUCCAGGACGACAAGGGCAAGUUCAACUUUGAUCAGAGUAAGGUGACUAACCCAGAGACUGGAGAGCCGGUGUCCAGUUGGUACCGGGGCAGCGAGACGUGGGACAGUAAAUUUUCCACGAUCGCUUCCUCUUACGAAGAAUGCCGCGCUGAGUGUGUCGGACUCUAUCUGUGUCUCAACAAGCAAGUGCUCAGUAUUUUUGGCCAUGAGGGUCAGGAUGCGGAGGAUGUGGUGUACGUCAACUGGCUCAGCAUGGUUAGAGCUGGACUUUUGGGCCUGGAGUUCUACACACCUGAGAGCAAGAGCUGGAGACAGGCUCACAUGCAGGCACGUUUCGUGAUCCUGCGUGUUCUGCUGGAGGCCGGGGAGGGCCUGGUGGGCCUGGAGGAAGUCGCGGGACAGGACGGCAAACCUGACGCUCGAAUUACAUUGGACCGAAGCAAGAUCCACACUGUGGGCAAGGACGCCAUCCACAGGUUCCUUUGUAAACUGCAGGUCUUGAAGUCAACGGCAGAUGUGGAAGGAGGCAGGGCUCUCUAUGACGGCUACUCCACUGUCAGCGACAGCGGCACUCACAACUUCUUGCGUCUCCGCGAGACCAUACUGCUGAGGAAGGAAGCUCGUAAGAUGUUUGUCCAGGCCAACACCAAAGUCAAUGGGGACAGCAUAGAGCUGGUGGAAUAUGAAGGAAGUGCAGCAGGUUUGAUUCUCUCCUUCACUGAGCGAUUCCAAGACGACGCAGAGCAGCUGGAGGCCGACCUUUUGGAGAUGAGCAAAAGAGACGCCCCUUGUUGGUGUUGAUGGAUCGAUGGAUGAUCCGCUCCAGAGGCUUCAAAAAUACCAACUGAAAUCAAAUUUCUUUUUUUUUUUUUAACCAUAUGUCAAAUGCAAACUGAUUCUUAGUGGACACACAACACAAAAAAUGGCAAAAUGAUCCAAAUCUUUUUAGAAGACACUUCUGACAGAUUAAACUUCAUACUUCAAACUAAAGCCAUAAGACAAGAACAGAUCUGCCAAAGACACCAGCCACAGUUUUUCCAGCCCAAUGUCAGGUCUGUCUAUGAUAACAGGAUCAAAUACAAAUAAAUGAGCUGAUAAUUAAUACCACACUAUCACUCUUUUAUGCACACAUUCUUCUAAUGAGAAGAUUUGAUAAUUGUCCAUUAAACCAAUGCUGCCUGACAAUAAAAAUGGUUCCUGGGUA